AUGCACACCGCGGAGGUGGAUCCUCACGUCGCCCAGCGUUACCUGCUAAAGCGGCGGCUCGGGAAGGGGGCCUACGGGAUCGUCUGGAAGGCGGUGGAUCGGAGGACUGGCGAGGUUGUGGCCAUCAAGAAAAUCUUUGAGGCCUUUAGGAACAAGACGGACGCCGAGAGAACGUUCCGGGAAAUCAUGCUGCUCCAGGCAUUGGGGGACCAUCCGAACAUCAUCAGACUCCUGGAUGUGAUCCGGGCAGAGAACGACAGGGACAUAUACCUGGUGUUUGAAUCCAUGGACACGGACCUCAACGCCGUCCUCUGCAAGGGCAGGCUGCUGCAGGACACCCACAAACGCUGCAUCUUCUACCAGCUGCUGCGGGCCACCAAGUUCCUGCACUCGGGAGGCGUCAUCCACCGGGAUCAGAAGCCGUCCAACGUCCUCCUGGACGCACGCUGCCUGGUGAAGCUCUGCGACUUCGGCCUCGCCCGCCCCCUCAGCGGCCCCCCCGAGGGGCCUGAGGGCCAGGCGCUGACGGACUAUGUGGCCACACGCUGGUACCGGGCUCCAGAGGUGCUGCUGUCCUCGAGCUGUUACACCCCCGCGGUGGACAUGUGGAGCCUGGGCUGCAUCCUGGGGGAGAUGCUGAGGGGGCAGCCCCUGUUCCCCGGCACGUCCACGCUCCACCAGCUGGAGCUGAUCGUCCAGACCAUCCCACCGCCACCUGCAGAGGACCUUCCGGCUCUCGGCUCAGGCUGCGGCGCCUCGGUUCUGCGCCACCUGGGGGCCCGGCCUCGCCUGCUGCUUGAGGCCCUCCUGCCGGCGGACACGCCCCCCGAGGCCCUGGACCUGCUGAGGCGACUCUUGGUGUUCACGGCGGACCGGCGGCUGAGCGCGGCCCAGGCCCUGCAACACCCCUACGUGCGCAGGUUCCACUGCCCGGCCCAGGAGCGAUCGCUGGAGGCGCACGUCCGGCUCCCGGUGCCCGAAGGAGCGCAGCUCACGGCCUCCGAGUACCGCCGCCGCCUCUACCAGGCGAUCCUGGAGCGCAGGGGCGACAGCCGCACCUCCAGAGAGCAAGGCUCCAGGGGCGCCCCCCGGGCGGCGGAGCCCAGCGCCCCGUGGCCCCAGGCGAGCGCCCUCGAGCCUAGCGCCGCCCCCGAGCCGCCCGCCGGGGCGCCCACGCGGGACCUCGGACACCGGCCUCGGAACAGCCCUGACCCCGAUUCCGUGCGCGGCGACGCCUGCGGAGCCACAGACGUUCCCAAGCAGAACUCAGCGCCCCUGCUUCAGCCUCCGGCCCCAGGAGGCCCGCGGAGAGGUGAAGGGCCCCCUGGGCCGCCGGCGGAGCGCCCCUCGGCACCGUCGCAGGGGAAGCCCCGCGUGCAGGAGGCGGUGCCCUCCCUGACCUUGCAGGCAGCCGCCCAGGUAGCCGCCCAGGCCCUGAUCCGGAGCGACCCGGACCGGAGCCGGGGGGUGAGGCUGGCCCGUGCCCGACGGGUCUCGCUCCCGGGCCCCGCGGAUGCCCGGCUGGAGCCCCGGCCCGGCCGGAGGAUGUUCAGCACCUCAGCCUCUCAGGGGGUCCAGGGGGCCGCGCGGGCCGCGCUCGGGGGCUACUCACAAGCCUACGGUACUGUCUGCCGCUCGGCGCUGGGCCGCCUGCCGCUGCUCCCAGGACCCCACACAUGA